AUGGUAAAAGGCCCCUACGUGCCCGCUCGCUGCUUCUGGGUGGAGAAGUUCUGCAGGCACUUCAGCCACCCCAACAGCAGCCUGCUCCCCCUCUUCGCCGCCAUGAGCGGAAACGACUACGUGGACACGGCCGCGCUGGAGGCGUUCUUCGGCAAGGUGCGCUGGCCACGGAGGGAGGGCAAGCAUGGCCGCCUCCGUGGCCUGCUGAGGUGGCUGGCGCAGUUCAGCGAGCCCAGCGAGGCCCUCGACCACGUGCUGACCUACCUUAAGAAACACCAGAGACAAGAGAUGAGGGCGCUUCUGUGUGCUUCGAUGGAGGAUUACACGCCGUCCGACGUGAAGCUUGAGGACUUCUUUCAGAAUGGGAGGUACGAAUGUGAGGCAGCCAGGAAAGCAGGCUUGCCGCAGUGGGUGCUCGAUGCCUUGGCAAAAGGUAAGCUGGCCCCGUUCGUCAGCGAUGCCCUGGUACUGAGGAGCACCUUCCUCCACGUUCAGGUGGAGAACAUGCAGAGACCUAGCGCCCAUAGCACAGCUUUGCCCAUUCGACAAGUUAUCUAUGGACUGCUGCUGAAAGUACCUCAAAAUGCUGGAGCUGCUUCUCCAAGUCAGCAGGCCAACGAACUGCCAGUUGUGUGUGAGUUUGAUAGACUUCAAAAGACGCUUAAGAAAACAUUUGUUCAAGCAGCAAGCCUACCCACAGAUUUUUGUGAUGAUCAUUUUCCUUUGGAGAAGUUAAUGGAGGUGCCCAUGUUGUGCCGUCAGAUGCUUUUGCUGGAGACUCUAAGAGUGAAAAUGAGUUCCCUAGAACCUAUCCCCAGUCACUUACAACUCCCUGUUGCUGUAACAUGUUACUGGGUAUGUUGUUCAGAACCAAAAGUUAAGUUGCAUCAGUUAAAGGCUUUACUUCUAAUGAUAGUAUCUGGAGAACUGCACAGGAUAACAAAUGAUCCAGCCUUUACACUGGGACCCUCGUACACAGACUGUAUCAAGAGCUUAAAUCAACACCUUCAGUGGAAAACCUGUUCAGUUUAUCUCCAAAAAUGA